AUGGACCGGUUGCAGAUACAGCGGCUGCUCAACAACAUGCCUGGAGGGGGGAUGCCCUCGGGCGAUAGCCAGCAGCUCGACACAUCCGAGCAGAUUUACAUUUCAAGCCUGGCUCUCAUCAAGAUGCUCAAGCACGGCAGGGCGGGCGUGCCGAUGGAAGUGAUGGGCCUGAUGCUCGGGGAGUUCGUGGACGAGUACACGGUCAAGGUCGUCGACGUGUUCGCGAUGCCCCAGAGCGGCACGGGCGUCUCCGUCGAGGCCGUCGACCCGGUCUUCCAGGCGAAAAUGCUCGACAUGCUCAAACAGACCGGCCGGCCCGAAAUGGUGGUGGGGUGGUAUCACUCGCACCCGGGCUUCGGGUGCUGGCUGUCGGGCGUGGACAUCAACACGCAGCAGUCGUUCGAGCAGCUCACGGCGCGCGCGGUCGCGGUGGUCGUGGACCCGAUCCAGUCGGUGAAGGGCAAGGUCGUCAUCGACGCCUUCCGUCUCAUCAACACGCAGGCGCUGAUGCUGGGGCAGGAGCCGCGGCAGACGACGUCGAACGUGGGGCACCUGCACAAGCCGAGCAUCCAGGCCCUCAUCCACGGCCUCAACAGACACUACUACUCGAUCACUAUCAACUACCGCAAGGACGAGCUGGAGGAGAGAAUGCUGCUCAACCUGCAGAAGAAGACCUGGGCGCAGGGCAUGGCGUUGGAGGACUUCGGCGUGGUGUCGAAGAACAACCGGGAGCUGGUGUCGGGGAUGAAGGACCUCGCGGACAAGUACGGCAAGGCGGUGGAGGAGGAGGGCGACACUCCCCCGGAGGACCGCGCGGUGGCCAACGUGGGGAAGAUGGACGCGAAGAAGCACCUCGAGGCGUCCGUGCAGCGCCUGAUGGCCUCGAACAUCGUGCAGUGCCUCGGGACCAUGCUCGACACGUGCGUCUUCUGA